AGCCGUAUUCCGCCUAGUGACUUACCUACCUGUCCUAUCUACCUAAUUGUCUCCGACUACUGAUUCGUACAUUGUGCUUUCAUUAAAUAACACACAUUUAGAAAGGCACAUCUACCUAUUUACACGCACGCCUAAGAUGACGAGAACAUUGCUUCUCGCCUUUAUUCAUGGAUUCAAGGGGAACGAUGACACUUUUCAGACUUUCCCUCAGGAUCUGAAGAGGGAGGUUUCGAACAAGCUGCCGGGUCACAAUGUCGAGUCCGUGGUGUAUCCAAAAUAUGAGACGAAAGGGGAGCUGGCUCAGUCAUCCGAGAAAUUAUUAUCAUGGCUGAAGGAAAGAGUCAUGGAUGUGCGGAAAGCACACCUCGAGAAACCAUGGCCGCCAAAUGACCGAGACGUUGGCGUGGUUCUAGUAGCUCACUCAAUGGGUGGCUUCGUCGCAGCAGACUCCCUCUUCCUCGUGCUAAACGAGAGAAUCCAGGACGAAGAUCAGGGCUCACCCAUGUUCCCUUUAAUCCAGGGCCUUUUGACCUUCGAUACCCCUUACAACGGCCUGGCAAGAUCUAUGUUCGUGUAUGGCGCAUUUUCCAACUACCAAAAGGUCAGCAGCGUCUUCAACGUAAUGACCGCCUUGGCUACAGCUCCGUCUGGUCUGGGAAAAAUCGCCUUCAAGAGGUCGGCUGCCGCUGUACCAGCCCCAACCAGCACUUCCAAGUCGGCGUGGAAAGGCUGGCAACUGGUUGCCGUCCGCACUGGCACCGUCGGGGCCAUCGCCGCGGGAGGCGUAGCGGCGUACAUGCACCGGAAACAAAUCAUGCAGGGCAUGAAGAACGUGCGCAACCUUAACAAGGAUUCAGUCAAAGAAGGGUAUCAGAACAGUAUUGACGCACUCGGUCAGGGGCUGGCGUACAUCAAUCGCGGCAAUGUGGGCAAGUCUUUCGAGUACCUGUCCGAUCAUUUCACGUUUGUUGGAUCUUUAAUGAAGCAACAAGAGUUGAGCAGGAGACUCGAACGCAUGAGCGCGCUCAAGGGAAUCGGCAUCCACGACUUCUACACAUCUCUAGGCGAGAACGGAGUCUGGACGGGUGGGUACUUUGUCCCCGAGCGCACGUUCUGUGCCAUUCCCAACAAGGAGCAUGAUGCGUAUUCUCUCUUCUCGAGACAAGUCAUCAGGAAAACGGAGGAUGAGGUUCAGGCCCAUAUGAGCAUGUUCAAACGAGACAAAAAUGAAACGUACGACAACAUGACGCAAGAGGCGAGCAACUUGGUGGUGAAGUGGUUCAAUGACGAGUCGGAUAUCGUCGAUGAUCCCAAGUUCGCUUUGCCUACACCCCCUGAGCCGGUGGAAGAGCCAACCGCCACGACGGAAGAUGGCAAAGAAGUUCCCAGGACUGAAGACCUUCCCAAAGUAGCAGAUACGCCAGAACAGGAAGACGACAGCGAACUGCUCGACGAAUCACCUCUGGACAUCGCAGCCGCCGCCUCCAUGGUGCCGUUACCAGAUGACGCUGAUGAGGCGCCGGAGACCAUCCAGACGAAGAACGCCGAAAAGAGCAAAUACAUGCGCUACCUCUUUGGUGUAGCAGAACAGGCUGGUACUGGCUUGAAGUCGUAUGUUCCCAGGCAGUUGCCCGAUAUGCCGCAGAUUCCGACGGGACCUAGCUUCAAGAGCUUCAUUCCGACGCAGAUGCCCGGGAUGCCGAGCAUGCCGUCGGUCAAUGUUUUUGGGAAGAAACAGGUGAAGGAGACUUCGUUGCCCGAUGAUUCGACGGAGCAGAAGAGCCAAGAAUCACAGGCUGAUGUGCAGGCCGACGUGCCUCUUGUUGAGGAGGGUCACCCGCUUGCGUUUGGCGAAGCACCCGCCAAGGCAGGCCAUCCGCUCGAGUCUGGUAUAACUGUGAAGCAGGAAUCGUGAGAUUGACUGAUUGAUUGAUACGGAUUUCCUUCUACUAAUUCGGCGUUGAAUUAUCUUAUGCUUAUGAGACGAUGGUAAUUAUUAGGUAUUAUGAAUGAGUAGCGACAGCAACGAGAAACAAUGCCUUCAACCUUCGAUGCGGCAUGAUCAUAAAUGUGACAAUAGAUGCCGAAAAGUCUGACGCGCG